AUGUGCGACAAGCUCCAUUUGAACUCUGUCACACCCAACCAGCUAACUCACGCCUUUCCGAAUUGGCCUCAAGCUUUGGCUCAGCCUAAGUUUCCAGCAAACCACGUCAUAAAAACCGGCAGAGUUGAUAUUAACAAAUGUGUGCCUACCAUGAACGACAGGGCGCUCUCCAGACUCUUGGGCGCAUCCCACGCCCAUGUGACUUUUCCAGAGGCACGUGCAUUGUAUAUUAAUAUUCCCAAUGCCUGCGAACCCUCACCAUUCAGAGAUAUGGACCGGGCAGUCGCAGUCCAGAACAUUGGUGUUUUCACAAAGACUGAAGCCAAUGUCGCCGGCUAUCCAAACAGUCAACAUAUUGUGGAAUGA